GUCAAACCGAUUGACAACUCGCCAGCAAUUGGUCUUGUAUAAAGUCCGUGCCAAUGCACACCUCGCGUCCAGCCUUUCUGUAAGCAGCCGGCACAGAGUAGAGUGCGACAGCGGGACAGGAGCAGUGUGCACCGGGACUUGCGUUCUCGGCAACUGCCGUUAGCUCGCGCUUCGUCGCUCGCUCUUUUGGGACUUGUGAUACUGAUGCUGCUAGGUGAUAAUAACAUGGCGGUGACAGAGCCAGGCUGUGAUCUGACAACCUACUCCAGGGUGCGGGGUAUCGUCUCCUUCCUCACCGCUUUCAUAAAGGAAAGAAAGAUGGGCUUGAAUGACUUCCUUCAGAAGCUGGUAUCCAAUCCUCAGAUAUGUCAGCAUCCUGAUGUUCGUGUGUUCUUGCAGUUUGACCAGAAUAAGCCUGAAAAAGAUGAGCAAAAUAAUUCUGCUUUAACAAAUCUUGGUUUUGAGAAUCUUGACAGCUCAACAGAAACGUUAGUUAAACCUUCUGAUUUUGACUACCUCAAAAUAAUUGGAAAAGGCAGCUUUGGAAAGGUUGUUCUAGCCAGGCAUAGAGACAAUGGGAAAUACUUUGCAGUCAAAGUUUUACAGAAGAAAAUGAUUCUGAAGAAGAAAGAACAAAAGCACAUCAUGGUAGAGCGCAGUGUUCUCUUAAAAAAUGUGAAACAUCCAUUUUUAGUGGGGAUGCAUUAUUCCUUCCAGACUGCGGACAAAUUGUUUUUUGUACUGGACUACGUUAAUGGCGGUGAGUUGUUUUACCAUCUGCAACGUGAGAGAGUAUUCUUGGAGCCUCGGGCAAGAUUUUAUGCUGCAGAAAUUGCCAGUGCCUUGGGUUACCUCCAUUCCCUCCACAUUGUUUACAGAGACCUGAAACCAGAAAAUAUUCUUCUUGACUCUCAGGGACACAUUGUUUUGACAGACUUUGGUUUGUGUAAAGAAGGACUGGAACCCAGUGGAACCACGUCCACCUUCUGUGGUACACCAGAGUACCUGGCACCAGAAGUCUUGAGAAAACAACCUUAUGACCGCACAGUGGAUUGGUGGUGUCUGGGAUCGGUUCUCUAUGAAAUGCUGUAUGGACUGCCACCUUUCUAUAGUCGAAAUGUAGCUGAGAUGUACAGUAACAUUUUACACAAGCCUCUGCUGUUAAAACCCAAUGUGUCAAAUGCAGCACAGGAGCUACUUGAGAGCCUGCUCCAGAAAGAUCCGAGGAAAAGGCUUGGAGUCAGAGAAGACUUUAUGGAGCUUAAGUUUCAUCCUUUCUUUCUACCAAUUAACUGGGACAAUCUGCUGGCAAAGAAGAUGACUGCUCCAUUCAUUCCUACAGUGACUGGUCCCACUGAUACUCGUCAUUUUGAUCCUGAGUUUACCCAGCAGCCUGUUCCCAGUUCGCUUGGGAAAUCUGAUGAUCUGCUAAUCAAUUCCAACUUCCAUGAGGCUGCUGGAGCAUUUCCUGGUUUCUCCUAUGCUCCUCCUGCAGAAGAUACAUACUUGUGAAGAAUGAUCCACUUAUUCUGAGGUGGGGUAUUCACAAGCUAAACAACUGCCACUCUGGGCUGUUGUUCAUUCUAUUAGCAGAAGCAGAAGAAGAUGUUGCCUUCAAAGUGGAAUCUGAAAGUUCUGCAUAGCAGUCAUUGAGAGCUAGAUUUGCUUAUCUAUACUCAUGUUCAAAGAUGCAGUCAACUAGUGUCAUGUAAUGCCUAGAGUAAAGAAAGUACAUCCGUCCUAUCUAGGAACUGCAAUGCAACUCCAGCUCAACAUAUACUGCAUUCAAAAUGAGCAGGUUGAUGCUUAUUGUGUCUUCCAUUUCUUGCAGCCAUCUUAACAGAAUAUACUGUCUCAUGUAAUUUUCUCUUCUCACCAGCAGCGGUCCUCAAGUCAUAAUCAGCCAUUAAUUAGCCAUUCAGUGACUGCUUCUACUGCUACCAUAACGUCUGAAUAAACAGAGUACGUGAAAGAC